UAUAGUUUUAAACCAUUAUGUCAAAAUAGUGCCUAACAGGAUGUGUUUGCGUUUAGUAUAGUCAAAUGUCGCACCUGCUCCGCCUGUAAUUGGUUGAAAGCUCAGUCAGAUUCCACCGCAGAAUUAUCGGAUUGAAAAUCAGGGAGGGGAGUUGAAAAAACUCAACGCAACCAACUCACAGCGAUGCAGUGCUUAAGUUUCUAAACAUCACAACGGAUUUCCCAGAACUUUUCAUCACGAAGUUUGCGACUCAAACAAUCAAAGGACUUUAAACAUUCAUUUUCUUCAGGAUCUGCACCAUUUCAGAAUCACUGAAUCAUGCCACGAUCGUUUUUGGUGAAAAGUAAAAAGUCCUACAAUGUGCAUCGACCCAUCGACACCGAGCAAAGUGAACAGAAGCUCCCGGACCCAGCACCCAAAACAAUCCCAGCGCUGGUCCCUUUGGAACCAAAGGAAAGUAAUUCCCCAGAGCGGCCCCAGGUAGAUUCACUCACUCGACCUUCCCUCAGAGACUCGUAUGACUUCAUCAAGUGUGAGCGAGAGCCCGACUGCCCAGUACCAAGUCUACCUGAGCUGACCAGACGGCCGUUUUACUUAUCUGAGCCUCAGCUGGCAGAGUUUCCUCCCUACUACAAGAGCUCUUAUGCAUGGGAUCAUGUUCCCACAACAUAUGACUUCAGGCAGAUGGGCUUCUCUCCAUCGCUCCUGCAGCACGCCAGCAGCCUGUACGGAGCUCAUCUGAAGCAGAGCUCAGAGCCUCCACAACCACUGGACUGCAGCACACACUACUCACCUACGUCCAACACCUACCACUGCAUUACCUGUGAUAAGGUGUUUUCCACCCCUCAUGGACUGGAGGUUCACGUCAGACGUUCUCACAGUGGCACGCGACCCUUUGGAUGCAGCAUCUGCAGAAAGAGCUUUGGCCACGCAGUUAGCUUAGAGCAACACAUGAACGUCCACUCUCAGGUACGAACAAACCAUGCUGAUCCAUUGGACAUCAGCUGGCAUUUGGAUAAUGUCAAUGAAAGAAUUAAUUUUGUUGUUGUUUUGUGUUUAAAGGAAAGAAGUUUCGAGUGCAAGAUGUGCGGAAAGACCUUCAAACGCUCCUCGACGCUGUCCACACACCUGCUGAUCCACUCAGACACACGACCAUAUCCCUGCCAGUUCUGCGGAAAAAGAUUCCACCAGAAAUCCGAUAUGAAGAAACACACCUACAUCCACACAGGUGAGAAACCUCACAAAUGCCAGGUGUGUGGCAAAGCCUUCAGCCAGAGCUCCAACCUCAUCACACACAGUCGCAAACACACCGGAUUCAAGCCGUUCGGCUGUGAGAUCUGUUCCAAAGGCUUCCAGAGGAAGGUAGAUCUUCGCAGACACCACGAGAGCCAGCACAGCCUUAAAUAACGGAGGUUGUACAUGGCGUGGCGGACAGCGGAGAGGAAAUGAAGACCACCAAUGGCUGUUGCUGGAAAAAAGACUCAUGUUAAAGGGAUAUUUCACUCAAAAAAUGAAAAUUCUGUUAUCAUUUAGGCCCCAUUUACACAGUGUGUUUUAAAAUGAAAACGAUCCUUGUCUACACUGGCGUUUCCACAGUUUCAGAAACGAUCUCCACCUACACUACACGACCGAAAACGCAUGUCGCAUGCACACUGGGUAUGCGCACAGAAGCGUAAACAGUUGCCUUAUGCGCAUGUAGGUAGCUGCAGUAUUAAAAAAUGCAGAGUUUAACUGCACAAUGGCUGCUAAAAAUGACAACAAAGCCAGCAAAGAUUGCAGUUCAGUCUCCUUGUUAUUGUUUACACAGUCGUCACGGACUUGGGCAGCCAUCGUUUUCGAAGGUCUCCAUUUUGGUCUGUUUAUACUGAAACGCAACCCCGGCGCUUUCAAACUAAAACAAGGUCUGCAGUGUUUUCGAAAGUCUCAGUUUUCGAGGUUCGAAAACGCGGCGUAGUGUAAAAGACAGGCGUAACCGUAGCAAAACUUAUGUGUUUUAAAACAAAAACACACUAGUGUAAACGGGGCCUUACUCACUGUCAUGUCAUUCCAAACAGUGUUGUUUUUGUUAACUAAAACUAUAAAAAUUGUUUUUAGUAAUUGAAAUAAAGCUGAAAUAAAAUGAAGUCUAAAUAUUACAUGAAACGCUUUAUGAAAAUAAAAAUAAAUAAAAAUAAGAAAAAAAUGAAAAUUAGAAAUGUUGCAAUGGGAACUAACUGAAGUUAGUUUAAGUUGAAGCACUAAAAUGACUUAAACUGAAGCUAUAUAGAAAAAUUAAAAAAAAAACGCAUGACAAAAGCAACAAAAUUACUAAAAUUAAAAUGAAAACUGAAAAUAUAAAAACUGAAAAUAUUCAUAAAUGCUAAAAUAUUAUAUAAAUAACAUCAAAAUAACACCUCUGUAACAUUUUUUCUUCUGCGAAAACACAAAAGAAGAUAUUUGGAAGAAUGUUUUUUCCUAUACAAUGAAAGUCGUUUUUCAAAAUACCACAGAAUAAAGUAAGUCACACAGGUUUGGAAUGACAUGAGGGUGAGUAAAUGAUGACAAAAUCUUUAUUAAGACCUUUUUCGAAAUGACUUUCUUUAUUUUAGCCAAUAAUCCAUCAAAACUGUAACCUGACAAGCAGGAAACCCGUCCAUCAACUGAUUAAAAUGUCCAUUUUAACUAUGAAAUCAUACCAGGUACAGCAUCCGCAUGCUAGGUACAGCCACCAUGAAGGAGUCUAAACAUAUUUUUCAUUUUCUUUUAUUUUAGUAUAAAAAGUAGUAAGAUUGUAUGGUAAUGUUUAGAUUGAAGUUUUUUUCUUUUGUUGUGUUAUUUAUAGAAAUUCUUGUCACAAAAAUAGUGCUAAAUAAAUGGUAUUGUUUGAAAUGA